AUUGAUGAUUGCUAAGAGUUUUACUCUCCAAUGAAGCAAACUUUAGAGGUAUCUUCCAACAUCAAAGACAGAAGAAGAAGAUGGAGACUGUAUACCAACCUUUUUAUACUGAUCACGAGUUUCAAUCCCUCAUCGAAAGAAUUCAUCCUCCCAGGGUUUGCAUCGACAACGACGCAUGCCGAGACUGCACGCUUGUAAAGGUGGAUAGUGCAAACAAGCACGGGAUUUUGCUGGAGAUGGUCCAGGUUUUGACAGAUCUUGACCUCGUCAUUUCCAAAUCAUACAUUUCAUCGGACGGUGGAUGGCUUAUGGAUGUGUUCCAUGUGACAGACCAGCUAGGGAACAAAGUUACUGACGAGAACCUUAUUGUUUACAUUCAACAGGCACUCUCUGAUACAAGAAGGAGAGGAGGAGGGAUUCCAAAGGAAUUACAAGCAUGCCUCAAACAAGAGGUGAAGCCUUGCUAUGUCUCCACCGAAUAUACUGCCAUAGAGAUUACCGGCAGGGAUCGACCUGGACUCAUCUCAGAGAUCUCCGCAGCUUUAUAUGAAUUGAGGUGCCAUGUUACUGCUGCCGUUGCAUGGACUCAUAAUUCCCGAGUAGCAUGCAUAAUCCAUAUCGAAGAUGGGAUCAAGGGAGGGCCGAUCAUGGCGCCGAAACUGCUGGCUCAAGUACACGAAAAGUUGGGGAGUGUAGUUGAUGCUCAUCAUGAGAGUGGAGAGUGUAGGAGUGUCCGGUUAACAUCCCCGGCAGCUGGCAGGACACAUACGGAGCGGCGGCUCCACCAGUUGAUGUAUGCUGAUAGGGACUAUGAGCAGUGUCAAGGCUGCGAUGAAAGCUGCAGGCGGUGGAAUGGGUGUACGAAGACUCAUGUAACGAUAGAGGCUUGCAGAGAAAAAGGGUACUCGGUAGUGAAUCUGAGGUGUAGAGACAGAACCAAGCUCUUGUUCGACACAGUUUGUGCUUUAACCGACAUGCAAUACGUAGUGUUUCAUGCUGCCAUUAGCUCAAAGGGCACCAUGGCUGAUCAGGAGUAUUUCAUAAGGAGACAAGAUGGAUGCAGUCUGAAUACACAAAGUGAAAGAGAGGAACUGGCACGAUGCUUGAUUGCAGCAACCGAAAGAAGAGUCUCCGAUGGGUUGAGGCUGGAAUUGUGUACACUAAACAAGAUGGGAUUGCUUUCAGAUGUGACGAGGGUGUUUCGUGAAAACGGGCUAUCGAUAGCCCGAGCCGAAAUCGGGACACAAGGGGAGAGAGCAACCGGAUCUUUCUACGUUACGGAUGCUUCGGGGGAUGAAGCAAAUCCAAGAACAGUGGAAUUGGUGAGGCAAGAGAUCGGGGGGUCUUCUUUGAUGGUAUACAAAUCUCCCAAUGGGACUUCUAGAGCUUCUUCUUCAAGUAUUAGCAGAACCAGCAGUGGUGAAGUGGAAGAAAGGGCUAAGUUCUCAUUAGGAAACUUGUGGUCUCAGCUUGAGAGAUUUUCGGAAAAUCUCGGUUUCAAUAAAUCGUGAAUAGUUCCUAAUUGU